AAAUCGUCUGAAAACGUCGAAAUUAUCGGCCGUAUAAAAGUGCUAGCUAGAAGAGGGGUUUUCUUUUCGUGGUUGAAAACCUAUUUCGGAUAAACUGGUGACUGAAAAAAUAUUAAUCAUUCGUCAAAUAUCUGGAGCUACAUAUAAGUUGUUUUGGAAAGAUGUCGGCCAAAGCUAUAAGGGAAGCGACCGGAAAAAAUAUUAUAAAUAAACAUCUUGGAGGCGGUACAGCUGCAGUUCAAUGCAGAUUUGCUUCCGUAAAUCAAGAUACCAAGUUUGCUGAAUUGGUGGCCAACAAUCCUUGGUUGAAAACAGAGAAACUCGUCGUUAAGCCAGACCAGCUCAUUAAAAGGAGAGGNGCUUUUCAGGUGUUAUUAGGAGGGGUGGUGUCCGCCAAGAAAGAAAUGAUCUCCACAUUUAUCUUUAAUCUCUAUAAGCUAUACACUGAGCUUUAUUUCACAUACUUGGAAAUUAACCCGCUAGUUGUUACUGAUAAAGAAAUAUUCAUUUUGGAUUUGGCUGCUAAAUUAGAUGCCACUGCUGAUUUCAUUUGCAGACCUAUGUGGGGAGAAAUUGAUUAUCCACCACCUUUUGGAAGAGAUGCCUUACCAGAGGAGGCUUAUAUUGCGGACUUGGAUUCCAAAUCAGGUGCUAGCUUAAAAUUAACGAUUUUGAAUAAAUCUGGUAGAAUUUGGACCAUGGUUGCUGGCGGUGGAGCGUCUGUAAUUUACAGUGACACAAUAUGUGAUUUGGGAGGAGCAAAGGAAUUAGCCAAUUAUGGAGAAUAUUCAGGUGCACCAACUGAACAACAAACUUAUGAAUACGCAAAAACAAUACUGUCUCUGAUGACCCAAGAAAAGCAUCCACAAGGAAAAGUGUUGAUCACUGGUGGAGGAAUCGCCAAUUUUACCAACGUAUCGGCUACUUUCAGAGGUAUUAUCACUGCCUUGGUUCAGUUUAGGGAAAGGCUCAUAGAACACAAAGUUUCUAUCUUCGUCAGAAGGGCUGGUCCCAAUUAUCAAGAAGGCUUAAGAAGAAUGCGUGAAGUUGGACAAACUUUGGGUAUUUCUCUGUAUGUUUUUGGCCCGGAAACUCACAUGACUGCUAUUUGUGGUAUGGCCCUAGGCACUCGACCCAUUCCCCAAGAAAAUAAUGUUGAAACUGCAACGGCAAAUUUCGCACUACCUAGCGGAGAAAAAGAACCAAAUAAGCAACGUCUGAGUUCCAAUAAAGAUGUUCCGAAACCUUCUGUCGCCUUUAGUGUGAAUGCAAAAGAAAAUGUUCCAAACCUAGUACAAAUACUCACAUCACCCACAAAGUCACAGGUAAUCAUUCAUAGAAUCAUCGGAGCCAUGUUCACUAAGUCUACGAAAGCCAUCAUUUGGGGUAUGCAAAAUCGAGCAAUACAAAGUAUGUUGGACUUUGACUUUGUCUGCACCAGAAAUGAACCAAGUGUUGUCGCCAUCAUCUACCCUUUUACUGGAGAUCACAAGCAAAAAUUCUAUUGGGGCCAUAAGGAAAUCCUCAUUCCCGUUUAUAAGCAUAUGAAGGAUGCUAUGAACAAACAUCCAGACGCCGACGUUUUGGUGAACUUUGCUUCACUCCGCUCUGCUUACUCAAGUACGGUUGAAACCAUGCAGUUCCCUCAGAUCAGAACCAUUGCCAUCAUCGCAGAAGGUAUUCCAGAAAAUUACACGAGAAAACUUAUCAAAUUAGCGAACGAGAAGAAAGUAUCUAUAAUCGGACCAGCAACUGUUGGUGGAGUUAAACCAGGCUGUUUCAAAAUCGGUAACACUGGCGGAAUGAUGGAUAACAUUUUGCAUUCUAAAUUAUAUAGACCUGGAAGUGUGGCAUAUGUAUCCAGGUCUGGAGGUAUGUCCAACGAGUUGAACAACAUUAUGUCCAAGGCAACUGAUGGUGUAUAUGAAGGAGUUGCAAUUGGUGGAGAUAGGUAUCCUGGAACCACUUUUAUGGAUCACAUCAUGAGGUAUCAGGCUGAUGAUAACGUUAAAAUGAUUGUACUCCUUGGAGAGGUGGGAGGUACUGAAGAAUACGAAGUUUGCAGAGCGCUGCAAAACAAACAAAUCACCAAACCUUUAGUAGCAUGGUGUAUAGGUACUUGUGCUGGUAUGUUCACGGCAGAAGUUCAGUUUGGACAUGCCGGAUCUUGUGCUAAUACCAACCAAGAAACUGCAACUGCUAAAAAUGAAGCCCUACGAGCUGCUGGAGCACACGUACCUGAUUCAUUUGACUAUUUAGGUGAUAUUAUCCAGAAUGUAUAUGAUCAGUUGGUCAAACAAGGAGUUAUAGUACCAGCUCCAGAAGUACCGCCUCCAACAGUUCCUAUGGAUUACAACUGGGCUAGGGAACUAGGCCUCAUUCGUAAACCUGCAAGCUUCAUGACUUCCAUUUGUGACGAGCGAGGACAAGAAUUGAUUUAUGCCGGUAUGCCAAUAUCUGAUGUUCUUCAAAAGAAUGUUGGCAUUGGUGGUGUGAUCUCUCUUCUGUGGUUCCAAAGGUGUUUGCCGCCUUAUGCUUGCAAAUUCUUUGAAAUGUGUCUUAUGGUUACAGCCGAUCAUGGUCCAGCAGUAUCUGGAGCACAUAAUACAAUCGUAUGUGCAAGAGCUGGUAAGGAUUUGGUUUCAAGCGUAGUGUCUGGUCUAUUGACUAUUGGAGAUAGAUUCGGGGGUGCGCUUGAUGGAGCUGCCAGGCAGUUCAGUGAGGCUUAUGAAAAAGGUAUGCAACCCGCAGAGUUCGUAAACCACAUGAGAAACAAAGGAGAACUUAUUAUGGGUAUAGGCCACAGAGUCAAGUCCAUCAAUAAUCCAGAUCAGCGUGUGAAAAUAGUUAAAGAAUUUGUCAUGUCUAACUUCCCCGCUACUCCACAUUUGCUGUAUGCCUUAGAAGUUGAAAAAAUUACAACGAGCAAGAAACCCAAUCUCAUUCUGAAUGUAGAUGGAGUUAUUGCCGCCGCUUUUGUAGAUAUGCUGAAAAAUUGUGGUAGUUUUACAAGUGAAGAAGCUCAAGAGUAUAUCAACAUUGGAGCAAUCAAUUCGCUCUUUGUUUUGGGCAGGUCAAUAGGUUUUAUUGGGCAUUUCAUGGACCAGAAGAGGCUGAAACAGGGGUUGUACAGGCAUCCAUGGGAUGAUAUUUCUUAUGUACUACCAGAACAAUAUAACAACGAUAACUAGAUGGAUUGUAAUGGAUUUGACUAUUUCACUAAUUCAGUUUGAUCAAGGCUUCAAAAAUAGAUAUGUUAAAAGUAGACUCAUUGAUAUACCAAGCCUCACAAUUUCGGUGCUCAAGCAAUUGAGUCACCUUCAAUAGCAGCACUUAUUUUUUAAAAGAGACUUUAUAGUUAAGAAUAGAAUUUAUGAAAUUUUUCAAUGAUGAUAUCGAAAUUGGGAUAUAUGUGAGUAAGAUGCAUUUCGGUAUGAUUUUCCAUACCCAUUUCCAUGAUGAAAACUAAGGAACUUAUUUGAAUGAGAAUUAUAUUCUCUGAUUUAUUAUUUUGAAAAUUGAUAUUUAUAUUUAUGUACCUAUUUUUUAGUGUUUAGUUUAAAGUGAUGUCAGCCAUAAUUUCCAAGAGAUCGGCUAUUUUAUCUGUUUGUGCUUCUACCAAGUACAUAAGUUCUAAAUUUAUGUGUGUUGUAUUAUCUGAAUAAAGUGUUUUGAAAUUAU